AUGAAGCAUUUCACCAGCGAGCCCUGGGCAGCCUUCACCAUGAUCUUGUUCAUCACUGCUCUCCUGUAUUCUUCUUCAGCAGCUGAAGAAGGCUCCAAUGUUUCAACAAACUCCAAGUCUACGACCGAGUAUGAACCACAGUGCCUUAGAGUGAACUUCUGUACGCAAGCUGCCGUAUGCUGCCCGACAGGGGUGGACGAUUACGGAUGGAUUGCAGCUGCGGUUGGCUGGAGCCUUUGGUUUCUGACUCUCAUCCUGCUCUGUGUGGACAAGCUCAUAAAACUCCGGCCUGACGAGCCCAAGUAUUUGGUAGCCUGA